UUAAUUGGUGGGUUAAAUUAGAAUGAAGAUGGGAGUGAGUGUGGCAAUGUAGAAUAAAGUCCCUCUCUCUCUCCAUUCACUUCUCUAAUCUAUUUAGCACACUCUCAGUGACGUUUUAUCUUCUCUCUGUAUCAAUCAGACUCCCACACACCCACCAACUGUUUGAUACAAUUCUUCAGAGAAAAGAAGACGUACGUCGUGAAGAUCACCACGCGUCUCAAGAAGCUGAGCUAUGGCCUCAGCGUCGACCACUGCGACCCCAUCCUCGUCUCUCAGAAAGUCUGCGCCGGUGUCUACAAAGGAUUCACCACCACUCAACUCGACGAGUUAGCCGCCGAGACCGCCGCUUCUAUGACCGCCAACCAUCCUGAUUACGCCUCCUUGGCUGCAAGGAUUGCUGUCUUUAAUCUCCAUAAGAACACUAAGAAGUCCUUUUCCGAGACGAUUAAGGACAUGUACGGUCAUGUCAAUGAGAGAUCUGGACUUGCCACUCCACUGAUUGCUGAUAAUGUGCUUGAGAUCAUUAUGAAGAAUGCUACACUUCUAAAAAGUGAAAUCAUCUAUGAUCGAGAUUUCGUAUGAUAUGAUUGCUUGAAGGUGUUUCAAACUUUCAGGAUAGCUUUCCAGAAAAUCCAAUACUAGAAAAUUUGAAUUUUUUUUGGUUUGGUUACACGGGACAGCAACGCGAUGGGAGAUUCAAUAAAUGUCAUGCUAAGACUAUGUUUUUUAACUUUGAUGUUGACUUGGACAAGUAAGAAGUUUAUAAUGAAUGAUGACGGCGUUUUUUUUCUUUUAUGUUGUUAUUAAAAAAAAAUUUGGAAGUCUUGAAGCAUAUUGAUACC